AUGUUGAGUCAAGGAUUCACCAAUCCUCCUGAAUCAAACCAACCCAUGCUCUCCCCAAAAUCCCAAACCUCCAUCAAUUUAAAUCUUGGUACCUCAUCCUCAAAAUCCUCUGUCUCCAGUCAAACUCGCAGAAAAACUGUACCCUCCCCAGUCACCUCUAUCCAAAUCGGAAAACACUACUCCGUCAGCAGUGGGUAUACAGUUUUAGUGUCUAAGUACUUUCAAACGACUGAAGAAAGAGAAGAACAGGACAACAGUAUUGAAGUUACUAGUCAACCUUUCGAGAACACAAAGAAAUUAAAUCAAGCUAAAGAGGACCUGGUCUCUUCAGGGUCUGUUAAAAGAAAAGUCAAAAAUGACAAAGACGAACAAACCACUCAGAUUGACAAAAACAAUGUGGAAAAGGGACGUUUUUGUAGGAUGAGUAGUGAUGUUACCCUCAUGGAAGAACUUGCUCAGACCAUAUGUACCAUGAGAUCUAUGAUAGCUUCUAUGUGGGAUGAGGCACUAGGGUCACCUAGGAGGAACCAAGACCUGAUCCUAGGUCCUGAGCCUGUACCUCAUGAUGUCGUACCUCUUAAUAUGAUGUCACCAGAGAAGGAUCAUGGUCGACGUGCGUAUGCUGAUGAGUCUGAUGAAGAUGAGAUACCUCUUGUCUUUCAAAUAAAUAAAGGGAAAAGAGCUAGGGAUUCUCAGACGACGAGUAGAUUGAUUAAUAAAACUGAGUUAGUGAAUGUGGAAACUGAAGUUUCCAAAAGGAAUGAUAAAGAGAAAGAAGCAGAAGUGGAAGAUGUCUCACUUAUAAGGGAAAUUUCUAAGAAGAAGGAAAAUAAGAGGAACAGUAAGUCAAAGGUCACACUAGCUAAGGGUGACAGGUCGACAAAUGAAUCAAACCCUUCAAAGAAGAGAAAGAGUGAGAUGAUUCAGGCAUCUGGUUCCUUAAAUGAGCAAAGAAAAGAUAUUAGGAGAAAUUCUGAAAGUCCUACUAAAGGGUUGAGAACUAUAAAUGGUAACGCAGAGGCUUUAAGGGAAUUCAAGGUUAUGAUAAUCAAGAAUGAGGUAAGGGAUAUCGUGUCAAGGGCUAGACUUUUGAAGAAAGAGCUGCAAGGAGAGUUUCAACUCAUGUUUGAAAUGGUCAGGACAGACAACGCUACUAAUGGCAUUAAGAAGCACAUGUUUUCCAUGGGAACUCUGGAAGAGUGUGAGUGUAUACCUAAGAAAAAUGAUAUGGGAAGUUUCUCCAUAAUCUCAAAAGUGCUUGAAGCACAAGAGAUCACUACUGCUGAACUACAAAGGGUAAAGGCUGAGAAUGUUGUCCUUCAAGCCCAGCUAUCUCAGAAAGAGAAAGAAGUUAGUUCUCAGGGUGCUCUGAAAGCUGCAAGAUUGGAAAUUGAAAGGCUCAAGUCAGAUAACGAGAGCUUAUCAUUGAAAGUAGGUGAGCUCAAGGAUCAGAUGAUAGAGGACCAGAGAGUCAACGGUGAACGAAUGAACAAUAUCCUCAAAGCCCUAGCCCAAAAUUUACAGAAGCCCAAAUCUCCUUAG